CCGCCCACCAAAUGACAGCUUAUUUGAAUGAAUGGUGAAGUUGCUAACGGUUUCUCAAUCUUUUGUGUUUAAAUAUCUGUAAAAAAUUAACUUUUUCUGCAUUUUUUCCUGAAAAAUCAGUAGCAAAAGCAUCUAGUGUUGCUAUUACCUAGUUUAUUCUAUAAUUCUGACAACUGCUACUGUGAAAUUUAGAUAAUGGUGGUCGAAAGCGGAACCCCUCCUCGUAGGGACCUUUUAAGGCGGUCUGUGGUAAGCCUUUCGACACCGCAUCGGAAAAAUACACCCACGAGUGAUACUCCUAUGGAACCCCACGAUGAAGAGCAAGAGCGGUCCGGGAGACGCAGCAUGGUGGUGAUGUCAAAAAAGCUUAGUAACAUCUCAUCACCAGCCGCGGACAUAGGGCGUUCCUUGACGGAGCCCGAAGUUCAAGACCACUUGCGUAUAUGCAAGAAAUUGUACUCGGAAAAUAGAAUCUCCUCAAGAAACGCCUGGGAGCUGCAUGUCAUAGACGCAAUAAAAAAAAUCGCCAUUCAAAACCAGACAAAUCUUAUGCUAGUUGCGGGAUCUUCCCUUGAUGUUGGCUCCAAAAUUUACAGUUUACGCAUCGACGACGUGCACACCAGAGGAAUACAGCUUGCCAGCAAUGUUGGGAAAAGCGACCGGAAGCAAGCCCAAGCGGCUGAAGACGCAGAAGAGCUCAAUGGCACCGAAAACCCACGCGAGAAAAAGCGACAAAGGCGCAAAAAAAUCCAAACGAUUCUUGCCGAUAAAACAACUCUUAUUGAUCAAGAGGGCAAGUCGUUGUUUGCCCCUGUCAAGCCACUGGAACCGGUCGUCUUUGCCACUAAAGAGAGUAUAGACGUUAGCGCAAUCGAUAAUCUACUCACUUCCAAAGUUCCGGUAAACCCGGCAAGUCACAGAUUCAUGUUGUUGAGUAACGAAAAGUUCUGGACCACAAAACCCGACGAGAUUUUAAGACUUGAAAAUAAAAUUGUAGAAAAUGACUUGCCUGAAGUGUCGUCGUUCGAACUAUGCGUGCGUUUUAAAAAUUUUGAAAUUGGGACGUGGACUCUUGAGGAUGAAGCUAACUUACUGGAAGACGCGCGCGACACUUUACCGCCGCCCGUGCUUGACGAGAACGGGGUUCCUAUUCCGGAGCUCGAUGGUUCAAUUCAUGACGUUUUCGAAGACAACGACGUUCCCGGAGACGACUCAGUCAGCGAUACUGAGUCACAAGAGGUGUUUCAGAUGCAGUUUCAUGGUGGAAUCAACCCCAUAGUUGAUGCAAUACCUCCAGAAUAUCGCAUUGAAACCGAUUACAGUUACAACACGCUUGUGAGAAGUCAGUCCGGAACAUAUAUUGAUAAGAUUUGGGCGGGACCGUACCAUUGGAAAGUUAAAUUUAUGAAAAAAUCAACAGACCGAUAUUCGGGCGCUGAUCAGGAAGUUGCUAAACGAGCAAAGAAGAAAAAGGAACCACAACCUAUCAAUUUUUUCGAACUACCGGAAGAUGCGACUAAGACAUUUAAAAAAUUGGUGAUAAAGAGAAUGCCUUGCUCGACUUCUUGCGAAAAAAUUACAUAUCCUGUGCUUGAUUCGUGGGUCAACAAGUCCCUAAACUACCUUUAUCUGAAGCCUAAUACGCCGUUACCACAACUCAACAUCGUAGAGAAGAACCACGAUUAUGAAGUGGCUGUCUAUGAUUAUGAAAAUCCGAAUGAUUCGCUCUACUGCUCGCAACAUAACAUGGAUGACGCAAACGAUGAACCAGGCGCUCAUACGCUAGAGGAAGAUAUGCCACCAAUUGCACACCAACAAUUUUUGGCAGGGAAUCUGGUCGAUGCCCCUGAAAUUGUUUCAGUUGAUCAUGUUACGUACGCAAUGCAUGCCAAGAAAAUCGACAUGAAAAAGCUCAAAACUUGUAUGUGGAAGCACUUGAGUGGGGGAGAAGAAGGAACUGUUCAACCAACCAGCUUCUCGAAAGUGUAUGAACAGAUACCACGCUUAGCUCCAGAGAUGAGCAAGAAUCUAAGCCCGCAUUUAGGUUUUCUGUCUCUGUUGCAUCUUUGCAAUGACCAUAGUCUGUAUUUGGAAGCAAUCAACGAUCGCGGAGACUUUAUUAUAAGGGACGCCAAGAAAUAGUUUUUACUUACUUUGUAGUCUUAAUUUCUACUGUGUAAUUUUUUUUAAAAAGUUAAAAAUGUUUACAGCUUAAAAAUUUGUUUCCACUACACGUGAAGAAUUCAGUUUAAUAAAAUUAUUACAAAUCUAA